UCAGUCGUGGCUUGCAGCAGCUCGUGGCUGGCUGUUCGACAGCGUUUCUGGCCCCGCUUACAUCAUUGGCUCUCGGCUAUAUAGCAAUUGGAGUGUGCGUCGUCUAUGACGUGACUAUCGGUGUGUGUUUGUGGGUGUAUAUCAAAGAGCGUGUACCACUUUUGCCCGUGCACUUUGGAUUAAAGGACAAUGUACACGCAACGUGCCAUCAACUAACUUGGAUGAAAUACCUUUGACAGCAAUCGGCGUCACCAACACGACAGACAUCAAAGAGAGCGGAGUUAGUAUCCACGAGCACCUGCAGUUUAAUGGCCCUAUACAUAGAAAAAUACGUGCUGUAAAUUGCCCUGUGCCAUUUGAUUUGCAAUCAGUCGAUGGCGGUUUGGUGGCAAAUUGCGAAUCGAAUGGAGCUGGAAAAAAUGCUGAUUUGAUUCCACCUUGUAGGCCUAUUUCGUCACCUGACUGGAUAUCAUUUAAAUAUAGGCAAAUCGAUAGACUGUAUCACCUCCAAUACAAAAAUAAGAAGCGACAUUGGUGCGGAUUAACAUCGUCGGAAGGAGAAAAUUACACGUCCGCCAGGCAUCAGUCCCUUCCAGUUGCCAGGUCAAGGAUGCAGCGGAUUCAGCAACGUAGAAGACGGUUAUGUCAUUCGACUAGACGAUGUUUGCUCUUUAGCGCAGUCGUGUUCAUUCUAAUCGGAAUCCAUCGUCAUCAUGAAGGCGUAGAAGGGGCUGAAGUAGCAACAAAUCAUGGCUGCCCAGUGACGCAAUUUCGGUGUAGCACAACGGGCCGUUGUGUCAACCUCAACGUCUUCUGUGAUGGCCGUAACGACUGCGGCGACAAUUCAGACGAACCAGCUCAAUGUACACAUUGCAACCGAACAUAUUACGCAGGGAUUGGCGAAAGCUACCGGCUUUUGGUGGCCUGGCCUAAACUUAAUCAAAUGCCAUUCCUUUGCUAUUUGACAUUCAUGUCAGCCACACAGGAACCGCCGCAACUACUGCAGGUGCGUGUGGAUACGGCAACGAUUGGCCAGUACGUUGUGCAGCAGAGCAAAGAUGAAGUCAAUGGCCGUUGCCCGGAAGGAUGCAUGCAGAUCUUGGAAGGCGAGAUGCAGCUCAAUCAGCCUAAAGUGGCGCCCAGUGCAUUGAAUAAUGGUGGCACGACCAACACUUCGAGUGGCGGAUGGCCUGGUGCGUGGUGCGGUGCCUCCAUUACUCCUCGCUUCUACUACGCGGAUUCGAAAUCCGUCACGUUCGCCCUGCAUUUGCAAACAAUUCCGCAAAGCUUGUUGCAGAAAAGCAAAUCCUUGUUGAUAGCUGGGGACACUUUAUCGUCGUCAUCCAUCACGGCUCAACAACUUCAUCCUAUCCUCGAUCUCACCUACAAGAUCUUGCCCAGAUCAUCUGCCGUUCUCCGGUACGGUGGCGGCGGCGGUGGCGGCAAGGGCAGCAAGGGCAGCAAUAUGAAUCAGCUGGGCGAGCCGGUGGCCGGCACCGCCUGUUCCAGACUGUUCCGCCAAUGUGGCAUUUUGUCAGGCACAACGGCAAACGAUAACGACCAGGAAGAAUGCCGCGUCCAGUCGCCUGGUUAUCCAGGCAUUUAUCCGCGCAACGCCCAUUGCCUCUAUCGAAUCUCGUCACCUCGACCUGGUGCGGCAUCUCCCGCCUCGGCCAACGCCGGCCGCCACGUCGUCGCCCUGUGGCAGAAUGACGGACGAAAAAUCAACUUGCGCGAUUGGAACCAACCGACGAGGGAUGCGGGGCACAGUCAGCGCACGUCGAGAUCGACAGCCGAAUGCGAAGCGAGCGGAGACUACAUCACCAUUUACGACGGUGUCAACACUCUGGCGCCCGUUUUGGCUCGAUUUUGCGACGGUCCGUUGCCUCAAGUCGUGUCCAGUUCGGCUGAUGUGACGGUCGAAUUUCGCAGUUCGCCACUGGACACGAUCUACGCCGGCUGGACUGCCAUCGAAGGCUUUGAAUUGAAAGUGCGAAUAAUGGCCGCUGAAAAUCUACAGCCGGUGAUAAGCAGUGCAAGUGAGAUUGGCCGGUCGACCAUAACGGGUACCAGUAGCAGCAGCAGCAGCAGCAACAACAACAACAACAACAACAAGUGUCAGUGGAACGUGACGAGUAGCGGAUUAUCGCGCGGUCAAUUGCAUUCGCCGGCGCAGACGUGGCCGUUGCGGACCAUGUGCCAUUUUCGAUUUGUCGGCAGAGCCGACGAACGUGUUUGGAUCUAUUUUGCCAAAUAUCAUUUCGAAAAGGAAAACAGCAAGAGACGACAACAACAACAUCAGUGCCGCAAUGCCCUUAGGAUAGCCGAAGGCGAUGGAAGCGGAUGGGAUCCAUCGACAGCCAAUAGCAGCGCCGUCGGCAAUGGAACGAUUCGACUCUUUUGCCGUGACACGAGACCACCACCUCUUUGCGAGAGGCAAUUGCCGGUGGUGGCCAAUGCGAGAGGCUCGGAUCGAUCGACGACGACGCCACCGCCGCCGUGUCUGACCGGCGAGAGUUUUCUGUCGAACGGAUCGACGUUGAGCGUUCAACAACAUCUGCCGGAAGGAACAGCUUUUUCACCCUGGAAAUACGUCCUAGUUUACGAAUUUUUCCGCCCACAUCAAGACGGCCAACCGUUGCUGGACGUUGGUGGCAGUGAGCGGCCGAUCAACUGCAACAGACUUUUCAGUGUCGGACGGAAUCAGUCAUCAGAUGGAGGUGCGGUGGAACUUCGCGGCAGCGUCAAAUCGCCUCAAAAUGUUUUUCUGUUUGGCCGCGGCGGUGCCCGUCAUCUCAAGUGCGUGUAUCGGUUCCAGGGGGACGAGACGAUGCGAGUGGCGAUCGAAGUGACUCGAUUGCGCCUUGGGGGACAUCCUGGCACGCGUUGCCGGAAUCGGCUGGAUCCGCUGACCCAUCAACGUCGCUGUCACAUGUUACGCUCGACGGCAAUUCAUUCGUCACCGAAAGACAACAAGAACAAGAACAAGAACAAGAACAACAACAACGGGUCGUCCUCUUCAACGGCGUUUCUUCAGUUGAGGGAAAGGCCGUGGGCCGGACAGGCUGCUGGACACCAGAUACUGCUGCAAAGAGAUUGCCUGUGUGACACGAGUGGCCUCCAGCUGCCCUUCCGUUACGUGUCGACGAGUAGCGCCGUCGAAGUUGUCUUCAACGUGAAUGGAAUGACUCACGCCGACGACUAUCACGACUUCUUUUUCGAAAUCUCUUACGAAUUCCUAGGGGGUCCAGCUGCUGCUGGGAGUAGUGCUGGCAGCAAUAGUCAUCUGAAAUGCGCCAGCCAAUCGGAAUUGAAGCCAUUGCAAGGCCCAGGAGGAAUCAUCAAACUGGACGGACUGCGGGGCAGCGGAUUGACGACCAGCCGGCAAAAUUCCGUUUGCAAUCGUCAGAGUUGGUUGCUCUUGCCCAGAGCCGACCGUUUCCUUUUCCUCUCCACCACGGGAUUCGUCAUGAAUAAUCAAUUAGACGAUGCAGCCAGAGACAAACAAGAACAGGAUCAAGAAGAAAAAGAAGAAGAAAAAAAAGAAAAAGAAGAAGAAGAAGAAGAAUCUUAUAGCAGCGACAGUAUCGAUUGCUCCACGAAAAAUCGAGUAGUCGUUUAUUCAGCCGGACAAGUUGGAGGUGAGCCACUGGCCAUCAUUUGUCCAUCUGCUCGAUCCAACAGACGGCCGGACGGCGGUGUCAAGAUAUUCAGUCCGACAUUCGAAGACGAUUUGGCUGGAGAGAGGCAAGAUUUGGAGGAUGACGACGAAUGGCGGCUGGGCACCCAAUCGGCCCUUUCGAUCGGAGGUGUCGUCAUCGAGUUCAUCGCCAUUCAGAGCGGAUCGUACACGUUGAAAUGGCUGGAAUUGACGCCGCAAUCGCUGCUCGCCGUCAACCCGUUCAACAAUAAAUCGUUUCGUGCCAUUCCUCAUCUGGGCUCCGUUUCGUCAUCGCCGCCACAGCAAGCGCCGGCUUGGUUCUUUUGCUCCACCUGGUGUCCGGAAUUGAAAGCGUGCAUCGACUCGCAACUGUGGUGCGACGGAGUUUACGAUUGCCCGUCGGGUGUCGACGAAUCGGACCAGCAAUGCCACUCGACCGGCUCGUCCGACUCGUCCGACGACGACAACAACAACAACAACAUGUCGCCCACGGAUAACGAACCACCGACUCGCAUCUCGGCGUGGAACGUGCCCAAAGUCUAUUGGUAUCUGAUCGCAGCGGGCAGUACGUUACUGUCGCUCUUCAUCGUCGUUUCCUCCGUGCUGGUGUGUCGCGAAAAUGGCCAUCAUCAUUUCAAACAGCCGGAAGUGGUGGCUGGUUUGUCUAGUCCGGCCAACAUUUCGCAGUCGUCGCAAGGAUCGUUUCCGCCGGCGCCAGUGACGGCCCUCAAUGAUUACGUUUACCCGCCCGAUAACGUUGUGUCGGGUGUCGCCAAUGUCAAGAUCGUCGUUGGCGGCACGAAAACGGAAAGCGUCGACAAGGUGUCGUCCUUGUAUCAUUACGACAAGAAAAUGGCCGUCUCUUGACAAUCGGCCAGCACUUUGGAGAGCGAUGACCUCGAUUUGGAGACGACCGUCUGACCCGUCGUCUUUAUUUGUUUCAUUUGAUUUUUUUCAUUUUUUUUUUUAAAUUUUUAUUUGGGUGCAUUUCAACAUUUGAACGAAAUGUUUCAUCGGAGUUGGCAGUUUGUUUAUUUUUAUCGGAAAAUUUAUCGCGUGAAUUUGCCACAUUAAUUUUUCGAGAAGGAAAUGAUGUUGUGUGACGUUGGUGAAGUUAACAGCGUUGCAAAUGGUUGACGUCGCCAGAAUCGCCGUCAGGCUCAAAGCCGAAAUAAGAUGCCUGCUGCCCGGCCAGCCACAAAUCGUAGGCAGUGUCGAUAUCAAUACUGUGCGCUGCGCUCAUCUCUACAAACGAAAUCCUUUCAAAAGUGUAUUUCUUUUCAUUAGAAAUAAUUCUUGUACAUAUUUGUCUUUUUAUCUUUGUUUUUUUUUCUUUUUUUCAUUGUGUUAACUCUACAGUUUUCAUGCGAAUUUCAUUCGAUAUUGUCUAUGUAAAAAAGAGAAAAGAAAUGACAGAGAAACUCUAGAGAAUUUCUAAUUUUAAAAAGGGAACCGCCGUUGGCAAGGUACACUCCAAAUAAAAUUGUUGAUACUAA